CAAGCAGAACAGCUAAAGUGUGAGAGGACAGGAGAGAGCAGAGGAGGUGGCAGUGCAGCAGGAGGACAGCUGACAAAGGGUCAGUCAUGUCUGGGUUAAUGUUUACCCUGAGGAGCAGCAGCUCAUGGCCCUGCAGCCGACUGCUGGGGCUGAGCAGGCUGUGGCUGCCUCAGCUCUCCACGAACAACUCGUCUAAAAUGUCCUCAGACUCCCACUGGCUCUCCCCUGCAGACCGCGAUCAGCUGGUGAUGGAGCUCAGGGCCACAGGCUGGGUGGAGGUGGAAGACCGCAAUGCCAUCUUCAAGGAGCUUCACUUUAAAAACUUUAAUCAGGCAUUUGGCUUCAUGUCCCGGGUGGCUCUGCAGGCAGAGAAGAUGAACCAUCACCCAGAGUGGUUCAACGUUUAUAAUAAGGUCCAGAUUACACUCACUACACAUGACUGUGGAGGACUGUCAAAGCGGGACAUCAAAAUGGCAAAGUUUAUCGACAAAAUCGCAGUUUCAGUGUAAUGUUUUUGUCUUCACUAUCUCCUGCUGAUCCAUCCAUCUUGAAUAAAAUCUGUGGAAGAUAUUUUUUUUAUUUAGUUUGAAGCAUAUUUUGUACAAACUUUCUGUAUCAAUAAAUCAUUUUUUGGUGAAAUGGUCUC